GAUGUGUCACUGCAGAGGAAAUAGGAAGCUAUAACGGGUCACAAUGACUAUUGUAAUUGGAUUUGAAGGCAGUGCCAACAAAAUUGGUGUUGGGAUUAUACAGGAUGGAAAGGUUCUUAGCAACCCGAGAAGAACCUAUAUUACACCUCCAGGGCAAGGUUUCCUUCCUAGUGACACUGCUCGCCAUCACCGCUCCUGUAUACUGGAAGUGCUGCAUGAAGCUUUAGAGGAAGCAAAGAUCCAACCAAAGGACAUAGACUGUGUGGCAUACACAAAAGGACCUGGAAUGGGAGCACCUUUGCUUUCAGUAGCCAUAGUGGCACGCACAGUAGCACAGCUCUGGAAGAAGCCCCUUUUAGGAGUAAAUCAUUGCAUAGGCCAUAUUGAAAUGGGGCGACUGAUUACUAAUGCUGAAAACCCUACUGUUUUGUAUGUGAGUGGAGGCAACACACAGGUCAUUGCAUACUCUGAACGCCGGUAUCGGAUAUUUGGUGAGACAAUAGAUAUAGCUGUAGGAAACUGUUUGGACCGUUUUGCUAGGGUCCUAAAGAUUCCAAAUGAUCCCAGUCCUGGUUAUAAUAUUGAGCAGAUGGCCAAGAAGGGCAAACAAUUUGUGGAGCUGCCAUAUACUGUCAAAGGAAUGGAUGUGUCCUUCUCUGGCAUUCUAUCUUACAUUGAGGACAUGGCUCACAAAAUGUUGUCUCCAGGAGAAUGUAGACCAGAGGAUCUCUGUUUCUCUUUACAGGAGACUUUGUUUGCAAUGCUUGUGGAGAUCACAGAACGGGCUAUGGCCCAUUGCGGUUCACAGGAAGUCUUAAUAGUUGGUGGAGUCGGAUGUAACAUUCGCUUACAGGAGAUGAUGGCGGUUAUGUGCAAGGAAAGAGGCGCCAAACUUUUUGCUACAGAUGAGAGUUUCUGCAUAGAUAACGGUGCUAUGAUUGCCCAAGCUGGAUGGGAAAUGUUUCGAUCUGGUCACAUCACCCCACUGCAAGACUCCUGGAUAACUCAGAGGUACAGGACAGACGAGGUGGAGGUUACAUGGAGAGACUGA